UGAGAGAGGGGGGCGCAGUGCGCAGGCGCGGCGCACAAUGGCGGAGCUGGGCAAGAAGUACUGCGUCUACUGCCUGGCCGACGUGACGAGCCUGCGGCUCCGCUGCACCGAGUGCCAGGACAUUGAGCUGUGCCCCGAGUGCUUCUCGGCCGGCGCCGAGAUCGGCAGCCACCGUCGCUGGCACGGCUACCAGCUGGUGGACGGAGGCAGGUUGACGGUGUGGGGGCCCGAGGCGGAGGGCGGCUGGACGAGCCGGGAGGAGGAGCUGCUGCUCGACGCCAUCGAACAGUACGGCUUCGGCAACUGGGAAGACGUGGCGCGCCUGGCGGGGGCGCGCGCGCCGCCGGAAGUGAUGGAACAUUACGUCAGCGCGUACGUGCACGGCAACCUGGGGCGCGCCUGCAUCCCCGACGUCAUCCCCAACCGCGUCACCGACCACACCUGCCCGGGCGGGGCGGGCGCGCCGCUGUCGCCCAGCCUCACCACGCCGCUGCCGCCGCUCGACAUCACCGAGGCGGAGCAGCAGCAGCUGGGCUACAUGCCGCUGCGCGACGACUAUGAGGUGGAGUACCUGCAGGAGGCCGAGGCGCUCAUCAGCGGCCUGGCGCUCAACUACGACGACGAGGAGGUGGACAUCGAGCUGAAGCGCGCGCACGUCGACAUGUACGUGCGGCGGCUGCGCGAGCGGCAGCGGCGCAAGGACGUGGCGCGCGACCACGGGCUGGUGCCCGCCUUCCUGGGGCGCGAGCGGCGGGAGCAGCGGGAGCGAGCGCCGCCACUGCCGCUGCCCCCGCCCUCCUCCCUCCUGCUCCUCCCUCCCCCCUCCUCCUCCCCCUCCUCCUCCGCCGCCGCCGACCCCACCCACUCCUUCUCCGCCUCCCCGGCAGCGGGAGCGGGAGCGCGCGCGGGCAGCGGCGGCAGCGGCAGCAGCCAGGGAGAGGGAGUCGGCGGCGGCGGUGGCGGCGGCGGCGGCAGCAGCAGCAGCGGCAGGGCGGCCCGUGAUAGAGGGGGAGAGUCGUCGUCGUCGUCGUCGUGCCGGGAGGAGCGUGAGCUGCGCGCGCGGCUGAGGCCCGCCUGCCAGCUGCUGACGGCGCGCGAGUUCGACGACUGCUUCGAGAACCUGCGGCGGGAGCGCGCGCUGCGGGCCAAGGUGCGCGAGCUGCAGCGGCACCGGCGCAACGGCAUCGCCAGCAGCGAGGAGUCGGCAGAGUACGAGGCGGCUCGACACAAGCGGGAGCGCCGCAAGGAACUGCGGGCCAGCGGUGCUGGCAUCACCGCCGCCAACACCACCGCCGCCGCCGCCGCCACCACCACCACCACCACCGGCGGCGGGGCGACAGCCAACACGGCCGCCACAACCGCAGCCAAGCGGCCCAAGGACGAGUCGGCGGCUUCAGUUGCGGCCGCCGCCGCCGCCGAUUUCAACAACGCCAUGGAGAACCUCUCCGGCUUCGACCUGCUCUCCGAGCGGGAGAAAGUCCUGUGCGGCUCGCUGAAUCUGAGCCCCGGGCGCUACCUCACCGUCAAGACCAUCAUCAUCAAGGACUACCUGCAGAAGAGGCAGGGCAUCCCGUCCAAGAGCCGCCUGCCCGGCUACUUGGACAAGGUGCUGAAGAAGAGGAUAUUGAGCUUCCUAACUGAGAGCGGCUGGAUCGCCCGGGACACUUCUUGAUGCCUUCCACUGAAGCGUGAGGUGCAAAGAUAAUACCCGCCUGCAAAUGUUUCUUCUGAAAGGUGCAAAUGCUGCCAAUCAGUCGUCCCCACUCCCGGAGAGACAGCACCAGGUUUCCAUGCAAGUGGAAUUGACCGCACUGAUUUUUUUUAAUGUCAUCUCACCUGGGGAUAUUAUUGCAUAAACUCUAUUUUCUCACAAUUCAUCCUUUAAACAAUAACAGACAACUAUGGUCAUGAAAGCUCUUGGCCUGACUGAAGGGUGGUGAUGACAGACUGUUGACUUCGAAAUCUGAGCCUCAAAUUGUUCAGCCACUAAACUGAGGAAUUAAAAAUGGUGUUAUUUUAAAUGGCUUAAUUUUCUAUUUAUUAAUAGACCGCAGCAGGAACUUAAUGAUCUCCAGCCAGAUUAGUUGGUUCCAUUUGUAGCUCUACAAAAUUAUUUUGCUGAAAGACAUGGGAUUAUACGGGGUUCAGGAUUAUGAUGUAUUAUUACUGGACAUGGAUAUGUAGAGGAACUUUUGAUCAACACACUUUCAGAUAGGUGUUUGUGUAACACCCAGAGGGUGCGAGUUGCCCAAUAUACAGGUUAGCAGAAGAUACAGCUAACUUGUAAAGUGUAGACAAGCUACUGCAUGUUGGGAAUUUGUGCAAGCUCGACACUCGAGCUCUGAAGGCUUGACAUAAAACUUGGGUCCCAUCAGAGAUAUAGUGCUGUGUAGUUCACAUCAGCAACUCAGUUGCUAGCUUUUUACCUGGAAAAUGUGCAUUUUAAAUGCAUUGUUGACUUUUACUGAUUCAGUGGAGAUCUUAGAAAUGUGACUGACAUUGAAGAGAAUUCAAAUUGAGCUGUGAUAUAUUGAAUUGAUGGAGAUUUUGAUUGGGCUGGCCAAUUCAUUCACUUAGCUCAUCAGCCACAAAAUUCCCUUCAAUAACUUAAUAUUUCAAGUAAAUGAUCUUUCAUUAUAGCAGAUGAAAGAUUGGUGACUUGAAAAGUGAAGGUAUCUCUUUUAAAAAAAAAAAAAAGUUCACUCUUUAAUGGGGCAUUAUAUUUUAGUACAAACAUGUUACAUCCUAUUCUGAGCCCAUUUUCAACAUUGAGUAUUUUGGCAGUGACUUUUCUUCUACAUUGAUGUACUGUAACUGUUUGCCAUCACAAGAUCUGUUUCUUCCCUCUUUCAUUAAAUGCCAUUUGAGUUACCUGUUCCCAAUUUUAAACCCUCUUGUCGAGUCUCAAGAAGUGUCUUGACCCAAAACGUCACCCAUUCAUUCUCUCCAGACAUGCUGCCUGUCCCGCUGAGUUACUCCAGCAUUUGGAGUUACUCCAGCAUCCUUGUCGGACUGACUGAAAUCAAGGGCCUGCCCUUAUUGGAAAAUUCAACAUUGUAACAAAUCAUAGUUAUAAUAUCCAUAUCCUGAUUUAAAACGUUAAUGAGAAUGAAAAUGAUAAUGUUGUAACUUUUAAGAAAAAUGCAACGUUUGUUGCUUAAAAAAACCUCAGGGCUGACUAAAAUUAUCCUUGGACCAUGAAACUGCAUGGAAUUAAAUGCCCAAUUAGAGUAUGUAAGGUAUGUUUGUAAGUAAAUUAUGUGAAAAAGCACAAAAUUUGUGAACGUCAUUUGGUGAGAACAGGAGUUUUUAUACAGAUAACUUGUGCCAUAUUCUGAAGAUUACACAAUUCAGACAGUGAGAUUACAAGUACUAAGUACAAAAACAAAGUAUGCAAAAUAAUACAAUUAAUACAAAACACAUAUUUUUAGAGGAAGUACCAAAAGUUGCAAAUGGUUAUACCGCAACUCAUGAACUUGUUUUAGAGUUUCUGGUACCAUUCAGGUCACUAUUUCCAUUUAAACAAAUAUUACUUAUGUGGCACUGAACAGUUGUAACUGGAAUCUGAAUAGAUGUAUAAGUGAUGUACUGCCUGGUUCAGUGGUGCAUUCUUUUCAAAAUGUGUGAAAGGGGAAUUAAUUGUCUGCAGCUUUUAACAAGAAAAGAGCUACACCAUUGGCACUCCAGACUUUUUACAACACAAUUCUGAAUUGUGUUCUUUAUGCUUCUGUGUAAACUUAAAAGAAAAAUCCCCAUCAAUGCCUUUACUCCUUUGGGAAGAUUGGGGGCGAGCGGGGGGGGGGGGGGGGGGCUUCCAUUAAUAUCAUUCCUGAGGAGUGUUUUUUGUUGUCAGCAAGGUGAACUCAGACACGAUGUACUGUUGUGCAAACUCAGAAAAAGCACUGCCUCUCUGCUUCUGACUUCCAUUGGGUGAACCAUCAAAGGAAAACUCUGUUAGUAUUUUCAUUGAAUGUGAAUUAACGUGCAAAAAUGUCACAAUUCCUUAUGCACCUCUAAUUGUUUAGUUGGUAGAUUUCUCCUCUGUAUAACCGGUGAGCUGGGUCUUCAGUUGAUAUUUUCAAGAAAUGUCAUUGUUAAUGGAAAUGGACAAAACAUUAUAUGUUUGUGAUAGGGGAAUUUUGAAAACUUGGAUUCCUCAAAAAAUGAAUAUUGUGAUAAGUGAAGAAUAUUCUCAUGCAGGUUAAUAUACAGGGAAUGUACAGGGGAGCUGUAACUUUUUUAAAUGAAACAAACAUGGGUUUUUGUUGAUCCAUUUAAUAAUUUUUGGCUUUUAAUAAUAUAGCCCAUAAAUUAUUUAGAUAAAUUAAUUUCUGAUUUGUGCACACUUGAUAUCACCAGUGCACUCAAAAGCCCAUAACCAACAAGAUGGUAAUUGCAAUUCAUUUCUGACUGGUUGGUAAUUUUGUACAAAAUACAAGUGCCUACAGGAGCUUGCCUAGAGGUCAGGAUGAAUUCCAAGUUUGUGCUGAAUUGGCUUGGGUAUAAAGUGGUUUGUGGCACGGUUGACUCUUACUAUUGUGAGAGUGAAUGUUGACCACGCUCUUGCUCUUUAUCCGGUGGCCCAUGUUGAAUAAGCAUUGAGCAUGUAAACAAUGGGUAAAAUUGGGAAACUAUUAAUAGUAGGUAGGUCCUAUUCAGUGGAUACAUUGAAUUGUUUCUUUGUACUUGUAUACUUGUACAUUUACCAUUUCCUGCCAAUUCAAAAUAAGCUUGAGAUUCAACCUACUUCCUGGUAUUUAGGCCUCCUCUUCCCUCCCCUGCAGUUAAUCAUCCACUAUUCAGCACGGUUGGCCCUGGCAAUAAUUGGAGAGAUGUGCUAUGCUAUGCCUCAUCUCAUUGUUUGCUUGUACUGGGUAGGAAGUAUUUCAUUAACUAUACUAAAUUUCGUAGCUUGACUAUCCAUAAACCUCAACAAUAAAAAAAGAGGGUGGGUUUCUGAACUAGUCUAAGUUUUUAGCAGGAGUAAAAUUAUUAGCGCACUAAAUGGGAAAGAUGUCCUUAUUAGAAUGGAAGGGGUUCUAUAUCGCAAAAUCAGAAACUUUCUGUAUUUGAUUUGACACACUAAAUUGUAUCCAUGGAAUUGUUGCACUAUUUUCAGCUCAUUGUUAUUUAUAUAAUUGGAAGUUACUUUUGAAUAUUUGUAGAAGGUCCAAUGGCUUUUCCGUAAGUGUUGAGGGUGACAUGUUUUGAAUCCCAUGACAUGAUAUGAUAACUGCAUUAAUUAUGCUGGCCCCGCUCACUCUUCAUUGCAGAGUGGGCAUUUUGAAGAAAUCUAAAUAUGAUUUUUAAUGCAGAAGGGAUCUUUAAAAUACAACCUGACCACUUCCACUAUUAGCUCACAUAGCUUCAAUUACAAGGUUCAGGAAACUCGGUUAGAUUAUUGCCUUGAUUUUGUUUGCACCAUGUUGACUUGUUCUAGUAGCUAAAUUGACUUAUUCUAGUAGCUAAAUGUAGCAGACAGCUAAAGUGAAAGGUCAUAACCAAAUGGAAUGUAUAGUUGUGCAACAUAAUAUACAUCAUUAUUGUGUUGAGAUUUUUGGGGGAGUAUUAGGGGGUUAAAAUGACCAUCUUUGGAUAAAUGAAUAAUUAUAACGUAUAUCUAUUAAUGUGCCUAAUUUCUGGGUGACUGAACAAAUGUCAAAGCACUUAAUUUAGUGCACCAUAUCUUGGAAAAUUACAGGCAUGUAUGUAGCUUAAUUUUUUUGUGUUACAUGCAAGACAGACACCUUUUUGUUGACUUGGACUCAAAGUUUGAAUAAACCCAAGUACUCUGAAAUGCUCAAGAGUGGAAAAGAACUUUCAGAGUGAAAUAAUUCAUGUGUCAUUCUGUUUGACAUAUUAGUAGAACAAUGUUGUUGUGUUUCAGCUGGAAAUGUUUUUGACCAUCUUUUUCUAUUUGUUGGUGUUUUGUAAAUCUUGUACUUUUGAGAUUUAUUUAUGAUGGGGAAGAUAUUUUAAAAUAAUAUACUUGGCUUUACCCUGAAUGCAGGGUGAAGAUAUAAUGUUCAGAGUGUAGAGUGACGGACACAUUAUUCGGAAUUUUACAUUUAUUUUCCAUUUUGUACCUUUUAAUUUAUUGUUUGUACUUUUUGAAGAAGCAGAUCUCUAUGGUAUUUCAUCUUGCAUCAUGGUACAUGGAUACCUCUGUAUACACUGUAGCAAAUAAGAAGGGUUUUUUUUAAAAUCCUGCGUAACCUUUAUUUGUUUUGCUGCUUGUAUAUUUUGUAAAUAUAAAUAAUACAUGGUUAUCAAAUAGGUUGUCAUGACCCACUGGUGAAGUUUGUUGUAAACAGCAAUUUUUGACUUUUAAUAAGUUUGAAAAAAUAAGAAUCUUGAGAUUGUUGGUGGGAAUAGCAGAAGGCAAACUAUAUUUUUUUAUUAAGUCUUUAUUCUCAAUUGAGAAAACUUUCAAUCCAUGUAACACUGAGAAAAAUGUGGAUUAUUUUUGUAAAAUUGCAUUACUAGAUAUUCAAAGGAUAGAUUAGAUUCCUGCAAAGAAUUGCAGGACACUUGGAUUCAAUGGUUUGGAAUAUGUUCAAUGUUUUUUAAAUGAUUCAGAAUAUUUUAAUUUUGAAGCAGAAAUGCUACCUUUGAUGGUUGAUAAUUUUGAACUGAAUGUAGUGUAUUCAAGGCAGUGUGAAAACAGGAUGAAUGUGAGGAAAAGGACACUACAAGCUGUUUGAUGCAUAUAAUAUAGUACUUUUCUCUUGUUUAGUAUUGCUUGUGAAAGUAAUUUCUGUUCACUUUGCCAAUGGCUACUAUUAAAAAAAAGCAUGUUACAGUAA